AUGGAUAAUAGUCCCACGCGAGGCUUCCGCAGGGACAGCGUGGACGCCGACGCCCAGGACGAGAUGCCCACCACCAGCGGGCUGUUGGAAGACAUCAGGCGGCGGCUGCUGCGCGCCUUCCAGCGGGCGGUACCGCGCGCGGGCUCGAGACGGGCCCGGGAAGAGGCGGAGGCAGCGGCUGAGGCCCGGCCGGAGGAGCUUAGCUCGGCGCGCGUCGAGGGCGCCCUGGCCGCGCUGCGCGCGGAACUGCUGGAAAUGCGUUUCCAAAACCGCCAGCUGGCCAGAACUUUACUGGAUUUAAACAUGAAAAUGCAGCAAUUGAAAAAGGAGUAUGAACUGGAAAUUGCAUCAGAAUCUCAAGACCUGGAAGAUAAUGCUGUGAACCAGGAAUAACAAAAUACACAUUUGAAGAUCUGAACCCUAAAAUUAACAGACAACGCCAAAAUAAUUCUGAUGGUAGAAUUAUGGAUGCUUUGUAUAAGCUUUUAGGGGCAAUUUGGAGACUGAAAACUCAGAUGCUGUGGGGAAGUGACAGAAAACAUCUAAGAGAGAAAGGAGUGGAAAAUGGUGUGUAAUCAAGUUUUAAAUUUAUUCAUUGUUUUGGCUGGGAGAUAGAUAUGAAAAGAAUGUGUUGAAGAGUGCCUUAAUACCAAUUUCCAGCAUUC